AUGACCGCAGCAACCGAGGCCGUCACGCGAGCAGAAGCUGUACACAGUGGCCUGGUGAAGAAACUUGUCCGUUUGCCUCCGUCCGAAUUGCCGGUCAUGGAACCUCUUCCUUGCGCGGUUGAAACUCUACCGACUAUCAGUGAUACACCUGACGCGAUAGCUGAUCGAUUACGCCAGCAUAGCAGAGAAGCUAUUCUCGGAUUCGUCCUUACGUUUAUGCGUAAACGCCGUCAGAAUGGAGACCCUGCCACUUCGGGAUCGUCAGAGGAGGCUUAUGACUCGGAAUCUAUGGACCACGCCAGCGCACGAGCAGGCACCACUGCCGAGGCCCCCAACACUUUUGAUCGCACUUCUGUAGAUGGCGCAGAUCAUUAUGCAAACACCUCGUUAGGCGACCCCGCGGCCGUUGUGGAUAUUGAUAUGGAGUCGGUAUACAUGCCCCAGAACACGAUGCGGCUAGACGAGCUCGGCGAUACCGAAUCCAAUAACGCUGGAUUGAGUUCGGACACACGAGACCCUGCGUUUUUGGAGGACAAGGUCCCGAUUCCUGCGGCGCUCGCAGCGACUUUUGAAUCAGACGACCCACCUAUUCCUCCGCUGAGUGCUCCUGCGGUGGAUCCCGUCGAGAAUUCGCCUUCAUUUGAGCUAACGAUUUUUCACGGCCAUCAACUUGCCGCGCGCGCAUCUGACAAGCACGCACGAACCCUCACGGCGUCCAGAGUCCGCAAUUCCCCCUUGAAUGCGUCGCCAAUGAUAGCUGCGGCUGCCCUGACCGAGGGUUCUCGUUGCGCAGCAGCCAAUUUACUGGUGAUCAAGAAGUGGGUUGAGAACCGCUCAUGUGUGGACUCGUGA